AUGGUCCUGGGUGUUGUGUCAAGCAUAUCAGUUUCUCUUGCUAUCAUUUUGGUGCGCUAUCUAUGGGGGUAUGCAUACAGCAACGACAAGGAAGUGGUGGAGUACAUUUCAAAAAUUAUGCCAAUUAUUGCCGUGGCAUUCUUUUUUGAUGACAUGCAGUGUGUUCUUUCAGGUAUUGUUAGGGGCUGUGGCUUUCAAAAGAUUGGCUCCUAUGUCAAUCUCAGUGCGUACUACCUCGUGGGCAUCCCGGCGGCUCUAUGUUUUGCCUUUGUGUGCCAUCUUGGUGGAGUGGGGGUUGUGGAUGGGAAUAACCGCGCACUUGUCGUGCAGACGGUUGUUCAUGUCCCUUACUCUGCGCACCAACUGGGACAAAGAGUAGCUUCGAAGGCCAGGGACAGGGUUUCUAUUACCUCCAUUCCUCUGGACUUGGCGACAUGA